AUGACCCAAGCAGGUCUUUCUAUGUCCAUUGCCCCGGUACAUAUCAUCGGCCUCAGCUUUGGCACAUCCAACCCAGCCGAGCUGAGUUGGUUUGAUGCUGCGUAUAGUUUGACCGUGGGGACCUUCAUCCUAGUCGCAGGUCGACUCGGAGAUGUCUAUGGUCACCGGCGCUUGUUCGUGCUCGGCUUCGGCUGUUUUAGUCUGUGGUCCCUUCUCGCGGGGUUCAGUGUAUGGUCGAAUAAGAUAUUUUUCGACUGUUGCUGGGCUCUACAGGGAAUUGGGCCAGCAAUACUACUUCCUAAUGCUAUUGCAAUCUUUGGCCGAACCUAUCCGCCGGGCUUUCGCAAGGAAAUGAUCUUUGUUUGGCGCCACUGCCCCUGGCGGAUUUAUAGUCGGUGGUGUGUUUUCAUCUAUCUUUGCCCAGUUUGUCUGGUGGCCCUGGGGAUAUUGGGUGAUGGGAAUGGAGCCGCCACUGGAAUAUCGGGGUUUGCACUGAUCAACUUUGCCUGGAAUCAGGCUGCACUUGUUGGCUGGAAGAACCCCUAUACCUACGUGCUUCUCAUUGUCGGUUGCAUCCGCCUCGGUGUAUUUGCUGUGAUUGAGCGUCGAGCAGUGUAUCCGCUGUUACCACGAUCAAUCUUCACAGGUGACCUAGCAUGGGUCGUCGGCUGCAUCGCGGCCGGAUGGUCCAGCUUUGGAAUCAUCAUUUACUAUUUCUACCAGUUUAUGGAGGUCAUCAAAGGAGACUCGCCACUACUAGCCACCGCUAAAUGGUCGGUAGCAGCACCUUCAGGUGCCAUUGCAGCACUCGUCACUGGAUUCUUGCUGGGUCGUUGGCCACCCAGUGUCAUCAUGUUCUGUGCCAUGGGCUUUUUUUACAGCUGGGAUAUGUCCUUCCCCUCUGGCACACUCAUCCUGAGCAAUGCGAUGCAUCGCCACCAUCAAGGGCUAGCUGCAUCCCUCGUGGCCACCACUGUCAACUACUCUAUCUCCUUGGGCCUCGGAUUUGCGGGUACUGUAGAGUUGCAUGUCAAUGACGCGGGUCGCAAUGUCCUUCGUGGAUACCGAGGUGCCUUGUAUAUGGGCAUUGGUUUAGCUGGAUUAGGUCUCAACAUAUCCAUCUGCUUUAUGUGGGCAAGUUGGAGGCGUUAUUGCGCAUCUAAAAAGGGCUGA